AGGUCCGCGUACCCCACCCCUUCCGCUCGCUACUCUGGCCUGACCUUCCUGCUGCCGGCCGGCUGAGGCUACUCUGAAGCGACCCAGCGGUUCUGCCCGACGCGCCCUGCUCGAGACACCAUGGUGGCGUACUGGCGACAGGCUGGACUCAGCUACAUCCGGUUCUCCCAGAUCUGUGCAAAAGCAGUGAGGGAUGCCCUGAAGACCGAGUUCAAAGCGAACGCUGAGAAGACUUCGGGCAGCAGCAUAAAAACUGUGAAAGUGAAGAAGGAGUAGCUGGCGAAGAAGGAGUAGCUGAAUCUGACUGAAGCCUGAAGUGCUGAGUCUUCAAGGGGAAUGAAGCGU